UUCCCAGAGUUCAUCGACCCUGAGCAGCAGCAGACCUCAGAGGAUCAGACCCGCUUCAAACCGCCGCGCUUCACAUUGCAGACACAACCUGAGCAACGUCUGCAGAGACGCAAACCCAGGAGAAGACCUCGCCACAACCUCCAAACCUGUGCCGACGGUGUUCCAGGUGUUCCAGGUGUGUGUGGGGAAGCUGAGCAGAAUGGCGGUGGGCCUGCAGAUUGUGGGUCUGUUUCUGGGCGUGGUGUCCUGGUGUCUGCAGUCCAGCUGUACCUCCAAUCAGGUGUGGAAGAUGAGGAGUCAGUCGGAGUCUGUCACCACCAGCCAGUGGCAGUUCGAGGGCCUGUGGAUGAGCUGCGCUGCCACCUCGAUGGGGUCCAUCCAGUGCAGCAAGUUCAAGACGGUGCUGGGACUGUCGGCUCACCUGCAGACCUGCAGGGCUCUGAUGAUCCUGUCCCUGCUCUUCGGUCUGACCUCCAUCAUCGUCUCCGUGCUGGGACUCAAAUGCACCAAACUCGGCAGAACGCCCGAGCAGGUCAAAGCCAAGAUCAUCCUGAGCGGAGGGAUCCUCUUCAUCCUGUCGGGUCUCUUCACUCUGGUCGCCGUGUCCUGGUACGCUGCCAGAGUCAUCAACGACUUCUACGACCCGCUCUACGGAGGAGUCCGGUUCGAGCUGGGUACUGGUCUGUAUCUGGGCUGGGCCGCCGCUGGUCUGGCCAUACUGGGAGGAUCUAUGCUUUGCUGCUCCAGUAAGACUACUCCCUCCACCCCACCUGCUCGGCAGUUUUCGUACUACUCCACCACCGGCCAAGGUCAGAGCAUCUACAGAGCAGCUCCGGCCUCAGACGCCAGCGGCUCCAAGGCUUAUGUCUGAACCGACCGACCUCCACCGUCCUUCGUUAUGCUCGUGCUGUUUUCUGAAACAUGGAAUCACCUCAGAAUCACGCUGCAAAUGAAACGUCUCCUGAAUCGGUGUGGCCCUGCAGUACCAAGUAUGUCCAAGAGAGGGCGCCACAGGGAAUCGUUCUCAGAACUUCGCAACAGAUCAAUUUAUUUAUUAGGUUUUGCUGUUUCAAUUAAAACGCUUUGUGGUUCAUUUACAUUUUACUUUUAUUAAUCACAUUUACCUGUAUGUUUGACUUAAUUUCACACUUUUGCUUUUCUUUAGUUAACUUCAGUUUACCUUUUUUAGGAUAUUAAAGAGGGGAAAGGUUAUCAUCUAACCAAUCAUGCUGACAGAUCUUUGUGCAUUUUCCAAAUGUGACGUUGCAGAGAAAGAAA